AUGCCUGGUAAAUUGUAUUAUUUCGAAUUUUGUUAUACGUGCGACCCAUGUGACAAAGUAAAGGAUAGAGAGACUUAGAGAAUUCAAUUGUUUGUGGGUUAUUCAUAUGCUAAUUUUCUUAAAAAUAGAGAAUCUUGAAAGAAGAGCCACCACCUACGUAUCAUGAGAAUAAAGAGAGAGAGAGGAGAAAGAAACAGAGCAUAUCUCUGUCUCUCUAUGUUCACAAUAAACCCAACACAACUCUGUCACAAAGCUCCACACUCUCUUCUCCUCCCUCCCCCUCCCCCUCCCAUCUCUCCCUCGUCCAUAAAAGGAACCAUCAUACUCUCUCAGAAAGUUCCAACCUUUAAAACACACCCCAAAGCUAGCUUACAAUUUUUUUAACUUUCGUUCAUUCUAUCUUCAAGAUGCCUUCUGAUGUCAACGAGUCGCGUCGAUUAACUAAGAUUCCCCAUGGAGGAGCUGCGGCGGAUCAGCCAGACCAGCUUCCUUGUCCUCGCUGCGAAUCAACCAACACAAAGUUCUGCUACUACAACAACUACAACUUCUCGCAGCCUCGCCAUUUCUGCAAAGCUUGUCGCCGUUACUGGACUCACGGUGGUACUCUCCGUGACAUUCCCGUCGGUGGCGUUUCCCGUAAAAGCUCCAAACGCUCUCGCACUUGCUCCUCCGUCCCUGUUUCCACAGCCGUCGGAAGCCGGGAGUUCCCCUUACAAGCGACGCCUGUUCUUUUCCCUCCGUCGUCUAACGAUGGUGGUGUCACGGCGGCGAAGGGAACUGCGUCGUCGGCCUUCGGAGGUUUCACCUCUCUGCUCAGCUACAACGCCGCCGCAAGCAGAAAUGGGCCUGGUGGCCGCUUUAAUGGGCUGGAAGGGUUUGGACUUGGGCUUGGUCAAGGGUCGUAUUUCGACAACGUCAGGUUUGGACAAGGGAUAACGGUCUGGCCGUUUUCCACUGGCGCUACUGAUGCUACAUCAGCUGUUACAAGCCACGUGGGUCCAAUACCGGCGACGUGGCAGUUCGAAGGUCCAGAGAGCAAAGUGGGGUUCGUGUCUGGAGACUACUGAUAAGCGUGGGAGACCAUAUUAUCUAUACACCGGCGUCUUGUCUCUGGUUUCAAUGUCUCUUUUAGUUUCUAUUUCUGUUUAGUGAUCUUAAAAGUAGUCUUAUCUGGUUACUUAUUAGGUAUGUUAGUUGUGAACGAAACUACAAAUUCUAACGUUAAUCCCAACUUUGGAAAACAGCAGCCUAACUCUUUUUUUCAAAGAAAUGCAUUGUCUGUGUUUAUAUCA